UAAAAAACUUACUCCGUGUGCCAAAUAACAGUAAGAUUUUAGCACAUCAACGUAAAAAAAAAGUAUAGAUAGCGGCCAAAUACCGGGAGUGAUCGUCUUUUUGCCCUUCCGUGCGCCGCUUGAAUCUCGUUGUGUAGAGAUUAGGUCUUAUAUAAUCAAUUCUUCCUCCAACUCCGGCGGCGGCCACUGCGGUGGCGGCGGCGGCGGCGGGGCCCAUAGAUCCGAAGCAACCGCCGCGGUUUUACGCGGGUUUAUCUUCAAUCUGGGGAAGAUUUGGGAGAGGAUGGCUAAUCUUGCCAACAUGUUUGCUGUCCUUGACCUGGAUGGCGAGGACGAUCGAAAGGAAGUGGAACAACCGACAUCCAGCAAGCCAGAAGCUGCUGCCACCGCCGCCGCCAGGAAACCCGAUAGUGGCAUGGUGAAUAACAAAAUGAUUGUAAAUUAUAAUGGGGAUACACUUGGUUCAUCGUCAAGUGAGUACAAGAUGCCAUUGGUGUGGAUUGACUUGGAAAUGACCGGUUUGGAUAUCAGAAAAGACCGCAUAUUGGAGAUUGCUUGUAUUAUAACAGAUGGUAAACUUACCAAACGGAUAGAGGGUCCUGAUUUGGUUAUAAGACAGAGCAAGGAAUGCUUAGACAACAUGAAUGAAUGGUGUAAAACCCAUCAUGGUGCCAGUGGACUGACAGAACAAGUACUGCAGAGUGAUAUUUCUGAGUGUGAUGCUGAGAAACAGGUGCUAGACUUUGUUAGGAGGUAUAUUGGUUCGGCGACUCCAUUGAUUGCUGGGAAUUCUAUCUAUACAGAUUUACUAUUUUUGAAGGAGUAUAUGCCACAGCUUGCAGGCAUAUUCCCUCAUGUGAUAGUUGAUGUGAGCAGCAUAACGGCUCUGUGCAUCCGCUGGUUCCCCAAGGAUUAUACAAGUAUGGUAUUGCUAGUGGACUCAACCAAAUCUAUUUUUGCAGAAAGGAAGCAAGCUCCAAGAAAGGAGAAAAACCACAGGGCACUGGACGACAUCAGAGAGAGCAUCAUGGAGCUGCAGUACUACAAGGAGAACAUCUUCAAAUCGCGGCAAUCUAAGCAUUAGCCUGUUGGGAUUCAUUAGCUCUCUUGAUUGUUGGGAUGAAAACGUUCCCUGGUGUAUGAUCCUUCCAUAGAUUUGAUGAUGCUUAAAUGGCCAAGUGCCUUUGGGGUAACGCCAAGAUUGUAGUCACAUAGGGCCUGUGUGGUUGGUGACCAACUUUGCCAUGGCUUGCCACUUGUUUUGUCACACUGGCAAAAGUGCUCCCUAUCCCACUUUACUAGUUUUAGGGAAA